AUGAGUCACGUCUUGGCGGAAUCGAAAAAAAAAUCUUCACUCCUAAGCAAGGCAUUUGUACAAGCCUACAAGCAGAUGGUUGCCAAUGCCAGUCGUCAGGCCUCGGGAAACGAGUCGGGCAGUGGCGGUGGAUCUAAAAAGUCAAAGUCUGCUGCUCGCCGUGGAGAAAUCUCCACUGAAGAGGCUGCGGACAUUAUGAACGUCCGCCCCGACUCCACAACGCUUGAAGAGCUUGAACGGCGUUUCAAGGUAAUGUUCGACAACAACGAUCCUAAGAAGGGAGGAUCGUUCUACUUGCAGAGCAAAAUCUUCAACGCACACGAGCGGUUAAAGGCUGAGGUUGCCAAGAGUCAAGCAACCGAGGCGACAGAGGAGAAACAGUAG